AUGACCCCAUCAUCUGCUACCCUGCCAUGUACGGAAAAGAGCCGCCAAACCGAGUCCGAUCGUUCGAAUCGCUCCAUCCCAGCUCACGAUCAUCGGUGCGUGGGGGGUUCCCCGAGGCCGCAGAAGCGUCCACGGUUAGCCACCCCGAGCUCUCCUUCUGUCGACGGCGUCGACGAACGCCAGACGCGUGGGCAAGCAAUGGUCGCCGCCGGAAUCAGGACAGCGACUGCGAGGGAGAGAGAACUGCUGCGGCCAGGUGCAGGGGACGGAGUAAGGACCACCAGUGGGAAUACCGAAGCGCGCCAGGCGGAGAGCGUUGACCAGCAGGACUGUACUCAACCACCGUGCGGCUCAGCCUCGGCCGAGCCUCCUGAGAAGAACGGGGACGCGAGCGGAGGCGACGAGGAGGAUUCACCGUUGGUGGUCCUUUCUGAUAGUGCUGAUGUUGCGAACGCUGCGACUGUUGGAGUGGUAACCACAGGAGAGUGUGACCUGAACUUGGACGUCACUACAGUGGUGACUCCAGGCGGCGGUGCGAAGUCGGGACCAGACGGCGGUUCGGAACGCGCUGGCGAUCCCAAAGGCGCGGAGGAUGCAGCCGUUACCAUGACCGUUACCGUUUCCGUCAACGACGCCGCGACGGUGGACACGCCCAAGCGCAGAGGUGACCGGGGUGGGCAAGGAUGCGAGGACGAGAGGGCUGGGGAAGCAGAGGAAGGGCUGGAAUCGGCGGCGAGAGAAGACGGACCUGAGGCGCAAGAGGAGGAGGCGAAACGGCAGGUGAGGAAGACGAAGCUCGAGGCGGGGAUGGCGCACCGCAUCGUCGUGAUGCGACGCGCGAGACGAGACGUGCGGGAAGCGGUGGACGCAGCGGCAGCAGCGGGAGCUGCGGGCAUAGCGGCGGAGACGGAAGCAGGAGCGAAAAGGAGGAGGGCGAAAGAGAAAUUGCCUUCCUACCCGCCCUCCUACCCCUCCGCCUACCCGUCCCACUACCCGUCGUCCUAUCCCACCUACCCCUCCUGCCCCUCCUAUUCCUCCUACGCCUCGCCUUUCGCCCCGUCUCUUGCUGCUUGUGCUGCUGCUUCCGGUGGUUAUUUCGGUGCCAGUCAGCCGGUGCCUGUGGGAAUGCCACUCAUGGCAGGGCCAGGGGCUUUGGCCGCAGGCAGCAUGGGCGGCAUGGUUGGCUGUGGUGGUGCAGCAGGGGCGAACUUCCUGGACGUGGAUGUGUUUGGAUGGCUUGCAGAGGACUCGCCUUUCGGAGGCUCACCAGUCAAGCCCAUGCCUGCUGUAAGUCUCGCUUCAGCUGCCCUCUUGCCUCAGUCUCACUUUCUUUUCUUCCUCCCCCAUUCCCCCCCGUUUCCACCCCUCCUCCACUGCCCUUCGCCCCCACGGUCCCGUUCACAUCCACCCCUCGUCCUUCCAUCCCCUUGUUCCCCUCGUUCCCCUCAUGUCCUCACCCCGCGUUACGCUCAACCAUGCUGGAUCCUUCAACGAAUCUGGAUGCUUAAGAAUCCGACAACCAAAAAUGCGAAAGCCGGCACACCUGCCAUGGUCAACAAGAAGGCGACUGCGGCUGCUGUUGCCACUGCUCCUCCUGCACCCACCUCUAAUUCAACUCCCUCUCCUGCUACCAGUGCUGCUGCAUCAACCGUCAAAGCAUCUAUUCCUGGUGGGAAAGGGGCUGUUGCCGCAGCCAACAAGGCAGCAAUUGCGGAAUCUACUCGUGCUCCUGGAUCCAACCCCACGUCUGCAGCCAAGGCGAAUGCAACUAGCAGCUCUGUGGCUGUCGUGAAGGCACCUGCUGCUGUGUGUGGUGGUGCAGUGGAUGCUGCACGGGCUGCUGUGGCGGCUGUGCCCUCGUCCCUUGGGCCAAAGGCCGUGCUUGCUCAGAUCAGAAGUGGAAAGGUUGCUGCAGCCAUGGCUGCCGUUCAUGCUGCUGGUCAGGCUUCUCCCUGUGCCGUGGCAAUGCUCAAGGCAGGUGCGGCGGUGGACGCGGUGCGGCUGACGUGGAACGUGUGGCCGAAUUCCAAGGUGGAGGCGACCAAGUGCGUGGUGCCGUUCGCCGCGGUCUAUACGCCCGCGAAGCGACUUCCCGAGAUGCCCGUGCUGCCGUACGAGCCCAUCCGCUGCAAGUCGUGUCGCUCCGUGCUGAACCCGUUCGCGCGCGUAGACUUCAUUGGAAAGAUGUGGAUCUGCCCCUUCUGCUACCAGCGCAACCACUUUCCGCCGCACUACGCGGCGAUCUCGGAGUCGAACCUGCCGGCGGAGCUGUUUCCGCAGUACACGACGAUCGAGUACACGCUGCCCACGGUGGGCCCGCCCGUCAACCCCGUCUUCCUCUUCCUACUCGACCUCUGCCUCAUAGAUGAAGAGCUGGGAUACCUCAAAACCGCCGUCUCGCAGGCCAUCGGCCUUCUCCCUGAGAACGCGCUGCUAGGCUUAAUCACGUACGGCACGCAGGUGCACGUGCACGAGCUGGGCUUCUCCGACUGCCCCAAGAUGUUCAUCUUCCGCGGCACCAAGGAGGUCUCCCGCCAGCAGAUCAUCCAACAGCUCGGCCUCUCCGGCCCAGGCGCAGCCGGCGCAGCAGCAGGAGCCGCGGGGGGCGGGGCUGGCGGGGCGGGAGGCGCAGGAGGCGGUGCCGGGGCGGGCGGGGGAGCGGGGGGGAUGCGGGACGGGGUGCCGGCAGCGGGAGUGGCGCGGUUUUUGCUCCCGGCGCAGGAGUGCGAGUUCACAGUGGCGACGGUGCUGGAUGAGUUGAGCAGGGAUGCGUUUCCAGUGCCGCUGGGGCAGCGGCCUGCCAGGUGCACGGGCACGGCUCUGAGCGUGGCGACUGCUCUGCUGGGCGCUUGUGUUCCCGGCACGGGUGCGCGGAUACUGAGCUUCGUGGGCGGGCCCUGCACGGAAGGACCUGGCAUGAUAGUGGGGACGGAUCUAUCGGAGCCGAUACGGUCGCACAAGGAUCUGGACAAGGACGCGGUGCCGCACUACAGCAAGGCCGUCAAGUUCUAUGACGGGCUGGCCAAGCAGCUCGUCGCCCAGGGCCACGUGCUCGACCUCUUCUCCUCCGCCCUCGACCAGGUGGGCAUAGCGGAGAUGAAGGUGGCAGUGGAGAAGUCAGGCGGGCUGGUGGUGCUAUCGGAAAGCUUCGGCCAUCCAGUGUUCAAGGACUCGCUCAAGAGGGUCUUUGACACGGGCGACACCUCCCUCGGCCUCUCCUUCAAUGGCAUAUUCGAGGUGCACUGCUCCAAGGACAUCAAGGUGCAGGGAGCCAUCGGGCCAUGCUCCUCACUUGACAGAAAAGGGCCGUUGACGUCGGAUGUGGCGAUAGGGCAGGGGCACACGACGGCGUGGAAGCUGUGUGGGCUGGACGUGUGCACGUCGCUCGCUGUGCUCUUUGAGAUUGUGCCCGCGCAGCAGCAGCAGGCGCAGGCACAGGCGGCCGCGCAGGGCAUGCAGAACCCUGGAGCACAGCAGUUCCACCUGCAGUUCACCACCUCCUACCAGCACCCAUCGGGGGAGACGCGGUUACGUGUGACGAGCAUCACGCGGCGGUGGGUGGAGGGAGCGAGCUCAGGCGACCUCGUGGCAGGCUUUGACCAGGAGGCCGCUGCUGCUGUGGUUGCCAGAAUCACCGGAUUCAAGAUGGAGACCGAGGAGGAGUUUGACGCCACGCGGUGGCUGGACCGGCUGCUGAUCCGCGUGUGCAACAAGUUUGGGGACUACCGCAAGGACGACCCCGCCUCCUUCUGCCUCUCGCCCAACCUCUCGCUCUUCCCGCAGUUCCUCUUCAACCUGCGCCGCUCACAGUUCGUGCAGGUGUUUGGCAGCAGUCCAGACGAAACAGCGUAUUUCCGAAUGGUGCUCAACAGAGAGAGCGUGCUCAACUCCCUAGUCAUGAUCCAGCCGACGCUGACAGCCUACUCGUUCAACUCACCGCCAGAGCCGGCGCUGCUGGACGUGGCAGCCAUCGCAGUGGACCGCAUCCUGCUGCUCGACGCAUUCUUCUCCGUUGUCAUCUUCCAUGGCAGCACCAUUGCUCAGUGGCGCAAUGCUGGUUACCACAACCAACCCGAGCACCAGGCCUUUGCGCAGCUGCUACAGGCGCCCCAAGCGGACGCAGCGGCCAUCAUAGCAGAGCGGUUCCCCGUGCCGCGACUCGUGGACUGCGACCAGAAUGGCAGCCAGGCCCGGUUUCUACUGGCAAAACUGAACCCGUCUGCGACAUACAACAGCGCAUCAGCAGUGCCGGGGGGAGAGGUUAUUCUAACAGACGACGUGUCGCUGCAGGUGUUCAUGGAGCAUCUGCAACGGCUACCUCUUCUCUCUUCUCCGUCCAGCCAAUCGAGCCACAUCCACAGAUUGGAACGACCGGAUGCCUUCCUCCGAAGCAGUCCGCAUCGUCGCUGUCAGCCGGCCAGAAGGUCCGCCGUCCGUGUCCAAGCCGCUAAAGAUAAAGCCGUAGCGAAGAGCAAGGGAGGGACCGAGAAGGGCGGGAGCGAUCAAGAGCUGGUUAAGGUCGUGGUGCACCGGUCGCAGGAUUCUAAGAACCUCGUCAGCGAGCAAUCUACUGCCUUCUCGUUCCUCGAGCGCUUACCGUUACCCACCGGGUCUGCAGCAAAGUGGUGGACGGUAGGCGGAGUGGCAGCAGCUCUACUGGCCGUGGUCGGGGUCAGCGCAGUGCUCGUUCGCAGAGCCAGGGGGCAGGAGGAGAGACCUGUGGACUCGCUAGCUCGCCGAGGGUUCAUUGCGGCCGACAGAUCUGUGCCGUUGCGCGUGAUACGGGAGUUCGACGACCCGACGUCGGUGCGGAAUUACCGCAUAGGCAAUGCGACUUUGGUUGAGCUGGAGCCGUUGCCGCCUCUGACUAACGAGAAGAUGGAGUACCACAGGCAGCAGCGUCGCAAGGAGCACGGGUGGAAGAAGCCGGAGCUAGUGCUGGUGGAAGGAGACCCUGUGCCGGAGGGCGUGGAUCCCAUGACAGUGCGGUUCAUCCCACGAAGACACCCCUUCUCGCUUAAUCAGGGAGAGGGCGAGGAGGAGCUGUCAGAAGAGGUUGCUAGGCGCGCAUAUAGCGCGGAUGCACAUGCGCUAUGUCCCAGGAGCAUGGCGAGAGGGGUAGCAGCGACGUUAGUGGAAGGACCAGAGCCUUCAACACCCCCUUAUGCGGAGAUUCCGGCGCAAGAUUGCGCGGGGACGGCGCAGAAGCGCCAGCGCAAGAUGACCCCCAAAGGCCUGGAGCUGGAGCGCGCGCUUAUGGUGCGGAAGAAAGCGCGCGCCGCCGCUAGGAGCCGCGCAGAGCAACCGGGCGGAAGGAUGCCGGAGCGGCAGGAAGCAGCGGGCAAGUGGGCAGGCGGGGCGGAGCGUGGAUGCUGGGGAAACGGUGUAGACGGUAGGCGGGCAGGGGACAUGAGUUGGAGUGUGGACGCAGAUGUUGGGGGCGUGGGGCGCGCAAGAGAGGCGUCAAGGGGAAUGACGGGGCAGAUGGGAGUGGGGGACUGCGCGCCGAGCAGAGGUAGCGGCCAAGAUAGCGCGGGGAGGCGGGUGGGGAGGAAUGGGGGAGGAGUGGAGGGCGGGGUGGUUGUAAGGAUAGCAGACGGGAUGGUUCUGCAGGUGGGAGACGGUACAGGGUAG